AUGGCCAUGCCACACCCUAUCCUCACCCCGCAAAAGGACCCAACAUCACCACAGCCGUCAUCCUAUAACCCUGCAUCAACAAUAACAUCGCCAUCUUCGUCCACACCUCCCUACCAACGCCCCAAACGGCUGCUGGUGUUUCAAGAAACGAAGUCUUCCGCAUUAGAAUAUGCCUAUGCGCCUGUCAACGCCCAAGGUCUUCCAAUAGCGGGCGAGGCGCCGUAUUUUCCGGGCUGUUCCACUACGAUAUCGGAUUUGCCGGUGAAGGUUAUCAGGUGUUUUACUGAGGUGUUCAAUUCGCCGCGGUAUAAGAAUUGGGCGAUUGUAGCGGCUGGACCCUAUCAUGAUGCAAGCGAGGAUGGGAAGUUUUAUGCUGUUGUUCUAGAACAGGUCAGGGAUCAGCCGUCGAAUGGGGGUGAUGCGGUAGGGAGAUAG